ACGGCUCUGGGUGGCAGAGUUUGGUCAGCGAGAAACGUGAACAAGCUCUUUUUCACGAAGAAACAUGUUGUCGAAGGGGAUCACAGAGGCAACAGCAGCAGAGCAACAAGUCUAACUUUUACAUCAAGAGCCGCACACUGGACGCACGAGUCGUUCCAUUGCCAGGAUCAAAGGAUCCGCAGUGUUUCAUGCGUGGAGAGUGCAUAUUAUUUCAUUACGAUCUAGGAAACAUGAACUUGAACUGCGAGUUACUAUUUGAAUUCAGCAUCUACAGGGAUUGUUGAGGUGGAACAUGGCGAGGGGGAUGAAGGGAGCUCAUCCCGCCGCUUUAUUAUGUACUUUUACGCUCUUGCUUUGGGGGGACGUUGACGCGCAAGUGUCUUUUAACGAAAUAACGGGGUUUAGUUUGAGUCCUCCGUACUUCAACCUCGCGGAGGGGUCACGGAUCUCCGCCACCGCAACGUGCGGUCAAGAUGAAACGGGGAGACCGAGAUCUGAUUUGUACUGUAAACUUGUCGGAGGACCUACAUUCGGACUUCCUAGUCAAACCAUACAGGGACAGUAUUGUGACCGAUGCAACUCCAACGAGUCUAACAAGGCCCACCCGGUGAGCAACGCAAUCGAUGGCACCGAGCGCUGGUGGCAGAGCCCACCUCUCUCCCGUGGACCCAUGUACAAUGAGGUUAAUGUCACCUUGGACCUUGGACAGCUCUUCCAUGUGGCCUACGUCCUGAUCAAGUUUGCCAACGCCCCGCGGCCUGACCUGUGGGUCCUGGAGCGCUCCCUGGACCAUGGGAAAACAUAUACUCCAUGGCAGUACUUUGCUCAUUCUGAAAGGGAGUGCAUUGAGAGGUUUGGCAAACAACCGAAUGGACGCAUAGUUGGAGAUGACGACCAGAUCUGCACCACAGAGUACUCUAAAACUGUCCCAUUGGAGAACGGAGAGAUUGUGGUGUCCCUGGUCAACGGUCGCCCGGGCUCUAAGAACUUCAGCUAUUCUCCAGUGCUGAGAGAUUUCACCAAAGCCACGAACAUCCGCCUGCACUUCCUCAGGACCAGCACUCUGUUGGGGCACCUCAUAUCCAAGGCCCAGAGGGACCCCACUGUCACACGCAGGUAUUACUACAGCAUCAAAGACAUCAGUGUCGGGGGACGCUGCGUUUGUCACGGCCAUGCACAGGUGUGUGGGGGACGUAACCAAGGCAACCCGAAUCGGCUGCAGUGCGAGUGCAAACACAACACCUGUGGUGAGUCAUGUGACCGUUGCUGUCCAGGGUUCAACCAGAAGCCAUGGCGGGUGGCGACGACAGACAGCCCCAAUGAGUGCCAACCCUGCCAGUGCCAUUCACAUGCCACUGAGUGUUAUUAUGACCCAGAGGUGGAGCAGAGGACAGAAAGUUUAGACACCUUCGGCAGUUACAACGGGGGAGGAGUGUGCAUCAACUGCCAGCACAACACGGCGGGGGUGAACUGUGAGCUUUGUGCUGAUGGAUUCUACAGACCCCAUGGAGUGUCUCCACAGUCUCACAGUGGCUGUAUUCCCUGCAGGUGUGAUGCCAGGACGACUGCUGCUUGUGAGAUGGGGACAGGACGCUGCCGAUGCCGGGCAGAAUUCACGGGAAACAACUGUGAACGCUGUGCAGAUGGUUACUAUGGCUACCCGCAGUGCAUCAGAUAUCCAAUCUACCAGCCCACCACUAAAUCUCCUGCCGGCCAUAUAGUGGGGCCCACUGCCUGCCCUGCUGGUUAUUUCGGACCACCCAGCUGUCAACAGUGUUUGUGUGACCGACGUGGAUCAGUUCUGGAGCUGUGUGAUGCGUCAGGGCGCUGCGUGUGCCGUGAAGGGGUGGAAGGCCGGCAAUGUGACCGCUGUCAACCAGGACACCACACCUUCCCUAACUGCCAAAUGACAGUGUGUCGUUGUGACGGUGCAGGUGCGACUGACAGAGUCUGCGGGCCCAACGGACAGUGCAAUUGCCGUGCCAACUACGUGGGACAGCAAUGUGACCAGUGUGCCCCCAGUUACUAUGGAUACCCAGACUGUGCCUCCUCUAUCAGCCAGUGUAACCCAGCAGGGUCAGAGGUCACCACAGCAGAUCCACAAACGGGUUCCUGUGGCUGCCUGCCCAAUGUGGAUGGAACCCUGUGUGAUACAUGUAAACCGCUCUACUGGAACCUAGCAACAGAGAACCCCAGCGGCUGUAUAGAGUGUCACUGUGAUGUCAAAGGGACCCUGAGUGGGGUAGGAGAGUGUCAACAGAAAAGUGGGCAGUGUUUCUGCAAGCCCAACGUGUGCAGCCAUACCUGUGACACAUGCAAGGAGGGCUACUACCUGCUGCAGAAGAGGAACUAUUUUGGCUGUCAAGGCUGCCAGUGUGAUGUGGGUGGGGCCAUCAGCAGAGAGUGUGACGAGAUGUCUGGACAGUGCCAGUGUCGGAAGAACAUAGUGGGCCGCACCUGCAAUGAGCCAGCACCUAACUACUACUUCCCCAGCCUGCACCACCUGAGGUAUGAGGUGGAGGAUGGCAUCACCCCUAACGCCAGGCCUGUACGCUUUGGCUACGACCCCAAGGAGUUCCCGGAAUUCAGUUGGAGAGGAUACGCCAUCAUGUCACCAGCACAGAGUGAAGUGAGAGUAACAGUGCAUGUGGACAAGGCAAGGCGAUCCUUGUUCCGACUUGUCCUGCGGUACGCUAACCCCAACUCCCAGGACAGUGUGACUGGUAGUGUAACGGCUACCUAUAUUCGAGGUGGCCAAGGGUCAGGUCAGAGUAAGGAAGUGGUGUUUCCUCCUAGCUCCUCCCCUGCCUACCUCACAGUCCCUGGCGAUGGCUUCUCUGAGCUCUUCUCUCUGACCCCUGGGAAAUGGAUCAUACGCAUCCGGGCAGAGGGGCUUUUACUGGACUACGUGGUGCUGCUGCCAAGUGAUUACUACGAGGCUCCCGUCCUCCAGGAGAAGAUCACCCAGCCCUGCACGUACACAUCCACUGCCAACAGAGACGCAAACUGUCUGCUGUAUAAGCAUGUGGCGAUGGACAGGUUGAGCUCAGUGCUGGGCUCUCAGGGCCAGUUUUCCAGCCGGAGGAGACGCAGGAGCAGACAGGCUCGUGUCCGCCGGCCCACCCCAGACCACCCUGACAUGGCCUCUCUCACCGGGAGACAGGCCCAGUUACGACUGAACCUGCGUGUGUCUCGCCCCGGGCCCUACAUCCUGGUCCUGGAGUAUGCCAGCGAGGUGGACAUGGUCCAGAACGUCAACCUGAUCAUCACUGGCCAAUCAGAGAGCCAGAUCCAGGCCAGAGCCAACAUCUACAGCUGCCAAUUCAGCUUCCUGUGUCGGAGUGUGGCAGUAGAUGGAAUAAAUCGCAUGGCAGUGUUCCAGCUUACCCAUAAGGCCGAGCUCCUUCUCCAGACCUCCACAGCCUCACUGUUGCUGUAUAAAGUGUAUGCAGUGCCUGCAGAGGAGUUCUCCAUGGAGUAUGUGGACCCCAAGGUGCUUUGUGUAUCUAUCCAUGGACGCUUCACUGAGGACAGUCAGUACUGUGUUCCCAGCCAGUAUGACAGGCCCACCUCAGCUCUGGUUCUGGAUGCGGCUCGUGACGGGCGCCUCUCCUCCCACCGGGUCGUCCCCCAGCAGAGGGAGAUUGAGGAGUGGAGACAGAGACGACAGUCAGGGGCAGGGGGGUUCCCUCUCCCUGGAGUUCAGAGUGAAGGGGUACUACUAAAAUCUCCCCAGAAUGAGAUCAGUUUCAGUGCCAGAGUGGAAGCUCCUGGCAGGUAUGUGUUUGUGGUUCACUACUGCCAACCUGAACACACCACCUUCCCUGUAGAGGUGCGGGUGGAGGCUGGACGCACCUGGACUGGCUUUGUAAACGCCUCCUUCUGCCCUGGUGUCUCUUGCUGCAGGAAGGUGGUCAUCGCUGAGAGGCGCAUUGCUCUGGACCUUCCCCAGCAAGACCUGGCCAUCUCUCUCAAGGUUCCACCCAGGAAGACUCUCACUCUGGAUUAUAUCUUGGUGGUUCCUGAUGAUAGCUACACCCCUGAUCUACUGAAAGAGAAGCCACUGGAUAAGUCAUCUGAUUUCACCAGACAGUGUGAAGGUCAAGGCUUUUAUAUAGACCCUAGAACCUCCUCCCAGUUCUGCCAAGUCUCAACACGCUCCCUGGUAGCAGCCUACAGUGAUGGGGCCCUGCCUUGCUACUGUGAUAAGUCAGGAGCCACGGGGCCCACCUGUAACCCUGUAGGGGGCCAGUGUCCCUGUCGGCCCCAUGUCAUUGGUCGACAGUGUACACGAUGCGCCACAGGAUACUACGGCUUCCCCUACUGCAAACCCUGUGAGUGUGGCCAGCGUCUGUGCCAUGAGGUGACAGGCCAGUGUAUCUGCCCGCCCCAAUCAGUGAAGCCAGCCUGUGAUGUGUGUGAGAGCCAGACAUUUAGCUACCACCCUCUAGUGGGCUGUGAGGGCUGUGACUGCUCCCCCAGCGGAGUCAGGCCCAACGCAGGGAGAGACUGUGACCGCGAUACCGGACAAUGCAUAUGUAAGCCCAGGAUCGGGGGGCGCCAGUGUGACCGGUGCGCUGCAGGUUUCUACAGGUUCCCUGAGUGUCUCCCAUGUAGCUGUAACCAGGGAGGAGUCACAACAGACGUCUGCCACCCUGACACAGGGCAGUGCCUCUGCAAGAGAAACGUCCAGGGAGCCCUUUGUGAUGCCUGUAGAGACGGGUCCUUCCACUUUGACCCCUCCCACCCCAGGGGCUGCAUCAGCUGCUUCUGCUUUGGAACCAACAGCCAGUGUCAGAGCACCCGCAAACGCAGGGGGAAGUUUGUGGACAUGCGUGGCUGGCGUCUGGAGAGAGCUGACCAGGAGGAGGUGACAUCAGUUCUCAACCCAUCCAGUAACACAGUGGUAGCAGACAUACAGGAGCUGCCUGGCAAUACUCAGCUCCUCCACUGGGUGGCGCCUCCAUCCUACCUGGGAGACAGGGUGUCUUCCUAUGGGGGCUACCUGACCUACCAGGCCAAGUCAUUUGGGAUUCCUAGUGAGGGGAUGUCUUUGCUGGACCGCAGACCUGAUGUCUUGCUCAGUGGCAGGGAGAUGGCCCUGGUCCACAUGGCCCCAAAAACCCCCGAACCAGACAGACUCCACCAGGGCAGAGUCCAGCUCGUGGAGGGGAACUGGCGUCAUGCCGGCACCAACCGGCCUGUGUCCAGGGAGGAUCUGAUGGUGGUCCUGGCUGGGUUGGUGGCUCUGAGGGUGCAGGCUCUUUACUUCACCCAGAGCCAGAGACUCACUGGGGAGGUAGGCCUGGAGGAGGCUACAGACACGGGGGCCGGGGGCCCUGCCAGCACCGUGGAGCAGUGUGCCUGUUCCCCUCUCUACAGAGGAGACUCCUGCCAGAAAUGUGCCACUGGUUACUAUAGAGACGGCAGUGGACCCUACCUGGGUCGCUGUGUGCCCUGCUCCUGUAACGGCCUGGCCAACGCGUGUGAAGAGAGGACUGGGAGGUGUCUGAACUGCCAAUACAACACGGCUGGAGACCGAUGUGAGCGCUGCAAAGAGGGUUAUUAUGGAGAUGCUGCCCAGAGGUCAUGCCGGGUGUGCCCGUGCCCCUUCAGUGUGCCAGCUAACAGUUUUGCAGUGGGUUGCAGAGAGGCUGCUGGAGGGUUCCAGUGUGUUUGUAAACAAGGCUACGCUGGAGACAGGUGUGAACGAUGUGCCCCUGGUUACUAUGGUGAUCCAUUGACAGCUGGAGGAAGCUGCAGGCCUUGUGACUGUAACGGCAAUGGAAACAGCUGUGACUCCAGGACAGGGGUGUGCAAGAACACUUUGGAGCCAGGGGACACUGACACUGAUGAGCAGUGCCACGAGUGUGAUGACUGCGCCAAGACCUUAAUAAACGACCUGCAGCGUCUGGAUGAGGAGCUGGCGAGAAUUAAGACUCAGCUGGACAGCGCCAGUAUCUCCGCCUCCUCUCAGGACAGACUCGGGAAGCUGGAAAAUGCCAUCACAGAGACCAAGUCUCUGGUGAACAAGUUCAGUUCCAGUGUGAACAGCCAGAAGCCCAAGGUUAGCCAACUAGAGCAGGACACUCUCAGUGUCAACGAGGAUAUCAACGCUCUCAAAGGCAAGGCAGAUGACAGGGCUGUGGAUGCCCAGAAAGUCCUGGAGGAUGUGGGUAAGACUCAUCUGAGAGCUAAAGACCUGGAUACUGAAGCUAAGAACCUGCUCAAGAAGAUCCUGGUCCUGCUACAGCAGCUGACAGAGUCUGGCUCCAGUGGCGGUGUGGUGCCCAGUGAGAACCUGGCUAAGAUGUUAUCUGAGGCGGAGCGCAUGGUGAAGGAGAUGGAGAAGAGGAACUUCAACCCACAAAAAGAUGCAGCUGAGAUAGAGAGGGAUGAGGCCCAGAAACUGCUGGACUACAUCAAGGCCAAUGUGACGAAGCAGUAUGAUCAGAAUGAGGCAGCAGCCAAGAGGGUGAGGGGUCUGCUGAAGGACUAUGCAGCUAAACUGAAGGACCUGGAGGAGGCGCUGAAACAGGCUGGGGACAUGGUGAAGAAAGCCAACUCUCAGAAUGGACUCAACACCGAGGCACUGGAAGACAUCCUGAAACGUAUGGAAGAUCUGAGGAAAGAGCGUAAGAAGGUCCAGGACCAGAUAGCCAUGGCAGAAGAUCAGUUGAAGGACACAAAGGACCUCCUUAGAAUGUUGGAUGACAGCAAGACAGAGUAUGAACAGCUAGCUGCCCAACUGGACGGGGCCAGGACUGCCCUCACCAAGAAAGUCAACUCUAUGUCCCAGGCCGCGGCCAAAGAGGACAUUGUGGAGCGAGCAGAGAAACAUGCUGAGAACCUGGCCAAGCUGGCCAAGGAACUACAGGAUGCUGUGAGGGACUCGAGUGGCCGCUCUGAUGUGCGUGAUGCCAUGGACGCCAUUAAGGCCUACAAGAACAUCACAGAUGCAGUCAACGCUGCAGAGAAGGCAGCCAAGGAAGCCAAGGAUGCAGCUGACAAGGCCCUCAAGGAUGUGAAGAAAGAGGACCUGACAAAGAGAGCUAAGAAUCUGAAAGACAGCGGGAACGACCUACUGAGGGAAGCAGAGGAUGCAGAACAAGAUCUCAAAGAGGCCUCUGAUCACCUCACAGCCCAGGAGAAACGCCUGAAGGACGCAGAGAAGAAGAAGAAAGCAUUGGAGAAGGACCUUAUGGACGCUCAGGCAGAGCUGAACAACAUCGUGAGAGAUGACAUAGGAGACAUGUUGGACGAGGCGAAGAGCAAGGCAGCGUCAGCCAAUGAUACGGCUAGCACCACCAUGGACAGACUGAAUGCCAUCAGAGAGGAAGUGGAUAAGAUCAACGUCAUGCCCUCCGACUCCAACCUCAGCAGCGUCAUGGAUGAUGUGAACAAGUCAGUGAAGAAUCUGUUGAACACAAUCCCGUCUCUGCAGGAUAAGAUCUCAGAGGUGGAAGAGCUCAGCUCUCAGCUGUCCCCCGUCACCAACAUCUCAGAGAACAUCAAGAGGAUCAAGGAGCUGAUCGAGCAGUCUAGAGACGCAGCCAACAGGAUUGUGGUCCCUAUGAAGUUCAGUGGUGAGGGCCAUGUGGAGCUGCGUCCCCCCAGGGACAUGGAGGACCUGAAGGCAUACACUGCCCUGUCCCUGUCCUUGCAGAGACCUGUGAACCCCGACAUCGGCAGAGGGGAUGGAACACGCAGACGCAGACAGGACAUUACCACCACAGAUAAGGGAGACAUGUUCGUACUCUACCUCGGCAACAAAGACUCAUCUAAAGACUACAUUGGCAUGGCCCUGAGGAAGAAUGUGCUGUUCUGUGUGUACAAGCUGAGCGGAGAAGAGUAUGAGAUCAAGACAGACUACAUCACUAGGUCUCCCUCUGAGCCGGCAUUCUUUGACAAGGUGGACCUGCACAGAAUUUACCAAGACGCACAGGUGAUCCUCACCAAACUGUUCACAUCUAAUGACCCGGACCCUCCUCAGACCAGCAGUAAGCAGGGAGAGCUGACCAGGAACCUUCUAAACCUGAACCACAGUGACGUGGUCUUCUAUGUCGGGGGCCAUCCCUCCAACUUCACCCCUCCAGCCUCCCUCAACUACCCAAACUAUAAAGGAUGCAUCGAGCUGUCCACCUUCAACGACAGAUUCAUCAGUCUGUACAACUUUAAGAAGGCUGUCAAGAUCAACCUGGAGACUCCAUGCAAGAGGUAUAUGCAGCCAGUGGUGUUUGACUACUUCGAGGGGACUGGCUAUGCCAAGGUGUCCACCCAAGGUGUCAUGGUGUCCACCCUCCUCCUGACCCAGACCAUCUCCACUCGCUCAGAGAAUGGGCUUCUCCUCUACAUUGGAAAUGAGUACAACUACUACAGUGUGACAUUCGAGAGAGGCUACGUUGUCAUCCACAGUAACCUGCUCAGAGAACCAGCACGAAGCACCACCAAAGUCUUCCCAGUGGAUGCAGAUUCGGCAGAAGUGUUGAUCAUCGUGGAGUCUAAAGGAAGCCAGGAGAUGAAGAUCCGUGUAGCAGGAAAUGAGGUGGUCAAGGCUAAUGUCCAGUACACCCCUGGUGACUAUGCAGACUACUACAUUGGUGGCCUACCACAAGCCCUGAGAGAAAGACACAACAUCACCUCCCAGCCACUGAAGGGCUGCAUGAAGAACGUCAAGCUCAACAGCAAGUACCCCAACUUCCAGGAAAAAGUGGGCGUCAGCCGGGGCUGUCCCAAGGACCUCCUGGCAUCUCGUAAAGCAGAGUUCAACGUGGGCAGUUCUCUGUCAGCUGCUCUUAAAGGCUUCAGCCUGGCCAAUGAUAUCACAGUCUCACUGGGAUUCAAGAGCUCUGAGAAAGAGGGGCUUCUACUGCAGAACACCGAGUCGAGCAUUGGUGCCAUCGAACUUGCCUUGGUCGACGGCUACGUGGUUCUGACAUUCAAAGACGAAGUUUGGAAAUCUUUGAAAUCAAGCAAGCAGUACCAGGAUGGCAAAUGGCAUUACCUAACUGCCACCAGGAGAGUGUCUCCUCAAAGUAUUGAGCUCCGGAUAGAUGAGGAUGAUUUGGGAGGGCAGAUAACCUCACGUUCCUUCAGUUCAAACCCAGACUCUGUGUUCCUGGGGAAAGACACCUUCAAAGGCUGCAUCUCCAACCUCUACCUGAGAAGGCCUGACUCUCUGUACAGAGCAGAAGACCUGAGUCAGUUCAGCUCUACAGGAGAUGUGCUGCUAGAUAUGUGUAGUGCUGACAGACCUCCACAACUGAUGCUUGACCGAAACACCUCCAGGAAGGAUGGUGUUAUUGAGGUGUCAGAUGACAGUCUCUCUGUGUGUGCACACCCUGCCCUGGUUGAACAUGCUUACCACAUUGGGGGCACUGUGAGUAGCCUGAGCUAUAGCCUCACUCCCCAGGAACUCCAGCCCAGACCUAAUUUCUCCCUGGACGUGAGGACCAAGUCUGCCAAAGGACUGUUGUUCUAUGCAGCCACCAGAGGGGGGAGCUCUCACGUGGCUCUCUACCUGUCCAAGGGCAGGAUCAGACUGUCGGUAGACAAGAGCAAAAAGAUCUUCAACAGGGAGAAGUACAACGAUGGAAAGUGGCACUCGGUAAUAUUCAGCCUAGAGAAGAAGAAGUUCCGGUUGGUAGUGGAUGGUAUCAGGGCUCAGGGUGGACAGCUAACCACCCCCAUGGAAUUGAUCUCUCCUCUUUACAUGGGAAGUGUUCCUGAUUCCUUGAACAAAGAACUGAAGUGGAAGCGCCUCCCAACGCAAAGUGUGAUUGGCUGUGUGCGCAACUUCAAGAUGAAUGGCACUCCCAUGCCAGAACCAAACACCAAUCAUGGCGCUGGUCCCUGCUUUGACGGACAGGCACAGAGUGGGGCCUACUUCUCAGGAAGAGGGGCAUAUGUCAUUAUCAAUGAUUCCUUUGUUGUGGGCUCCAGCUUUGAGGUGGUGUUUGACAUCCGUCCCAGGAGUCUGACUGGUGUUCUGCUCCAUGUGGGGGACUCCAGCUGGCCUCGCCGUGGGCCCAACACUGGACACCACCUCAGCCUCUACAUGCACAGAGGCGAGGUGGUGGCACGGGUGAACAAUGGAGCAGGUGAAUUCAACGUGUCAGUCCAGCCCAAGCAGCCCUUGUGUGACGGAAUGUUCCACAGAGUUGCAGUGAUCAAGAGGAACAAUGUUGUGGAGAUGCAUGUGGACACCGAGGGUGACCACAAAAUAGGACCGUCCUCCUCGUCCUCUACUCUAACCAAAGACCCUCUCUAUGUAGGCGGCAUUCCAGAGACGUCCAUGCACCUGACCCUCCCUGUCACAGAGUCCUUCGAGGGCUGCAUCCAGAACAUGAAGAUCAACGAGGACCCGGUUUCCUUUGAGAAGCUCUCUGGGGUGUUCGGUCCAGUCAACCUCAGAGAGUGUCCUGCUGAGUAGAGUCUAGUCCAUGACCACAUCCUGGGAUGUUCACUGUCUACUGGCUGCCAUGUGCAAUCUAAUCUAAAGACAGAGAGAGUGUGUGUGUGUGUGUGUGUGUGUGCGCACGCACUCACAUUUGUGUUGAUAGGUAUAUGAGCGGCUCAGAGAUUCAUGUAUGUUGCUCUGUAUGAGGAAACUAAAGAUAAAGAGAGAUGAGCUAGUCUAUAGUGUUACACUAUAGUAUAUUUAUUUUGUGAUAAAUGUGUUCAUUAUCACCAUCUUGUUAUUGAAUAUAUUCUAAUAUUCUAAUGUUGUACCAUCUGGGUUAGACAUGUUUGUUUCACCCCAUUCGGCUCUUCCUUUGUGCUUCCUGUCCUCCUCCCCCAUAGUAUAUAAAAGCUUUCCUUAGAUUUUAGAGUGGAUGUGGUGUGUGUUUGGUCAGUAUUGCAUCAUGGCCAGCAAAUUUAAGCAACCCUGCACUUUAAAAAACAAAUGCCAUGUUGACCAGUUAACAAAGAAAAUGUCAGUCACAACAAUGGACUCGAUUUAAAUGACCAUUCUGUAUCUCUUGUGACAUGUAACUCUGAACUGAUCGAUUUUUGUAUGUAGGGCCUACUAUAAUUGCAUUGGGAUAUUUCUUUAUGUGAAUGUUGUCUUUCAGAAUAAUUUUUAAUAAUCAAUAUGGAUUCGGGAAUAGUCAAUUCUUGGUGAAAAUUCUUGGGGUGGCAAGUAGCCUAGUGGUUAGUGUGUUGGACUAGUGUCCAAAAGGUUGCAAGAUCAAAUCCCUGAGCUGACAAGGUAAAAAUCUGUCUCUCUCAUUGAAAAUAAGAAUUUGUCUAGUUAAAUAAAGGUUAAAAAGCAAGACAUUUUCCCUCAAUAGAUUAGUCUCGAAAAUGAUAUUCAACCGAAUUGGGACCACUGAGAAAUGUACAAAACUAAAAAACGAAAUAUUUAUUUUGUUUUUCUCACAUACAGGUGGAUAUACCUCAGACUAAGCUAUGUAUAUAAUUCUGUAUAAUACUUGAUUACUAUUUUCCAUAAUGAAACAUUCAGUGCAAAUGUAUUCACUGUUGACAGUUACACCCGCUACCAUUUACUUUACACCUGGCCCCCCUUUAUUGUACAUGUAUGCAUUCCUACCGUUUGACCACUGAUAUCAUUCAACAUUUGUGAGUGGGUUAAUCAUGUCUGUCCAUCUGUCUGUCUUCAUUGCCUAUUUAUGUCAGUUCUGAAUGCUUGUAAUUAUUUUGAACUUGGUGUUUAAAUUUUAUGUGUAACCUUUUAAUAAAAUACAGCAGACAGCAUGCCCAUAUCCAAU